UUUCGGAUCCGAUUGUCAAUUUCUUACUCAGCAGAUCAACGUAAACUCAUUGCAGACGUUUAUUUUCUUCGAAUUCGGGUUCCAUUCCGGUCGGUCCUCUGCAUCCAGAUCCAAAAUUUUAUCGUUUGAUUGAUGCUUCGAUAUAAUCGUUGUAGCAAGGCAGUAGGUCUAGGAGGUCCUGGAAUGUGCUGGAUAGAAUUCCAUUGGUACAUAUGUAUUACAAAGCCGACGACGAAGCGGAUGUCCAAGCACGUAUACUUGGAGAAAUAUUCCCCCCCUUGGUUUCUGGACAAUGGUACUACCUGGUACUACAUAUGAUUGGUAGACCAACCAAAAAGUGGAAUCUGCCGGAAUUAUGCAUACAUGAUACACGCGUAAUCCAGGGCUUGGCGUACAUUACAAUGACAUUUUCGUCGAUGUUCUCAGAUGUUCUACAUAUGUUGUGUCUGCAUUCGUUGAAUGAAAUCCUGCGCUAUCCUGCGCAUUCUGCGCGAUGCGCAGCCUAUAUACAACGCUCAGUAGAUAUGCAUCUACUCGGGAAUCAUCCAUCAGCAAGCCUUGUAUGCGUUGAUCAAGCAGAUUGUUGGAUGAAUAAGGCCGGAAAAGGUCGGAAAAUAGGUUCUAUGUUAGUGACUAAGCAACUAUAUAGGUGGUGGCAGAACCAGACGAAGCCAGACGAACGCGAUAGGUUCUUGGCUGAUUUUGCCGUCUCAUUUUUUCCCUCCAAAUCGCCGUAUAUUGCCGCGCUCUUAUCAUCAAUGUAUCUAAAACCUCGUCGCUUGGACUGCAAAGUCAAAGAAGAGAACAUUGAAUGUUCAACGAUCAACGAUCACGUCCGACCUUAACUCGGGUCAGCUCGGGUCCCGUUCCCGUCGUACGAAUCGUGAUACAAGUAUGUAGCGGAAGCGUU